GUUCUGCUUCUACCAAAUACAGAGUAGAAUCACCGAACAGCGUAUAGAGUGACGACGCAACUAAAUAAAAUCUGCGCUAUUCAAAUUUUAUUUUAUAUUUUGUGAAUUUAAUAUUAACAAUCAAAUACAGUUUUCGAAAAACCAUUUUCAAAUUCUUCACUUAGGACUUACGAGUAAUUAAGUAUUUAUGGGUAAUUUAUAUAAGUCGCGUUCAAAUCAAAUUUCCAUCGUGUGUUCGGGCACACUUCUGAGCAAGGUGCUUCGUAAAAAUAAUACCUGAAAACGAAUCAGGGAUGAAUUUAAGUUCAUCCUACGCGCAGUUUUUUAAUAUACUAAUGCUUAUAGAAACGUAGUUGUGUGUGUUCUACGGAUUACGACAGCAGUGUGUAUGCUCUGGUGCAUGCUGCUCAGCAUGGCGAUGCUACCGCGAAAGGUCACGGGCCAGCAGAUCCGCUGUCUGUACUGCCACGGACCCAACUUUCGGGAUCCGGCCAGCAAGAUGGCCUGUGAGGAUACGGAGCGGAUGAUUGGCACGGCGAAAGCCUUCCGCACCUGUGAUAAUCGCGAGGAGUUCUGCCUCGUCAACGCCACCUACGCGGAUCCGCGCGACGACGGCCGCUUCUACUUCCCGGCCACCAUCACGCGCAGCUGCGCCAUGCCGGGGAAAUCGCGCUAUUGCGAGUCAUAUGCAGAUGGUAAGUUUAUGACGAAGCAUCCCGUGGAGUAUCCGAAAACCGUGGUAAAAACGGUGGUCUGCGCGUGUAAAAGCGACUGCUGCAACAGCUGGCAUCUGGCCGAUCUGCAGCGUGUCUGGGGCAAACCGGCACCGGAACUGCCGGACAUGGCCUACUGCACGGAUCGCGAACGGUACACCUAUCCGCCCACCACGCCGGACAAUUAUCCCGGCGAUACGGAGGAAGAGGAGAUAAAUGAUUCUCCUUCGUUUCGACGUCGCAAAUUUGAUAAAAUAAUUCUACAAUUUGUUUUGCCAAUAACAGUUUUGCAUGCUGUUGGUUUGUUUAUAUUGUUUUAAUUAUUGCCAUAAUCUUUGUUACUUGUUAGAUGACUGAUGAAUAGGAUAAAUGCAAGUUUUAUGCAUGUUAUGGACAAUUAACUCGCUAAAAUUUACAAACAUUAAAAUGAA